CCAGUCUUUUCCCUCCUGGUCCUCUGAGGCGGGAGAAGGAGAAGCGGCGGCGCGGAGAUGCCCGGAUGAGCGUCCCCUGGGAGCCCCCCUUGGAGGCCGUGGUGCAGGUGCUGGAGCGCAGCCUCCUUGGGGCCUCAAACCGGUCCCUUUUGCUGAAGGGCUCCAAACAGGGCUGCCCUCCCUCUGGCUUUGCGGCCCGGAUCCGUGAGAUCCUCACCCAGAGCCUUUGCGGAGAGCAAGCCUCCUCUCAGGACACAAUGGCGGCCCCCUCCUCUAUUUCGCCCUCUUCGCUGCUGCCCCUCCAGGAGGAGAACCACCUCUUGCAGCAGGAGCUCUCCCGCUUGGAGGACCUCCUGGCCCAGAGCCGGGCCGAGCGGGAUGAGCUGGCCAUCAAGUACAACGCCAUCAGCGAGCGGCUGGAACAAGCACUGCGCCUGGAGGCCGGGCCAGACCGGGAUGCGGCACCGCCAGAGAGCAAGGCCCUGGCCCAGCAGAACGUGGAGCUGCGCCGACGGCUGGAGGAAGAGCAGGCCGGCUACAAGCGCAAGCUACAGGCCUACCAGGAAGGGCAGCAGCGCCAGGCCCAGCUGGUGCAGAAGCUGCAGGCCAAGGUCCUUCAGUACAAGAAGAAGUGCGGGGAGCAAGAGCAGCAGCUGCUGGAGAAAUCCACAGAGCUGGAGCAACAGCAACUGGUGGGCCACCUGGAUCUGGCCGAGUCCCGCUUGCGCCUCGACGAGGAGCACAGCAGUGACCUGGAGAAUGCCCUCAUCCGCCUGGAGGAGGAGCAGCAGAGGAGCACCAGCCUCGCCCAAGUCAACGCCAUGCUGCGGGAGCAGCUGGACCAAGCCAACACGGCCAACCAGGCUCUGAGCGAGGACAUCCGGAAGCUGACCGCCGACUGGACCAAAGCCCGGGAGGAGCUGGAGCAACGGGAGGCAGAGUGGCGGCGAGAAGAGGAGUCGUUCAAUGCCUACUUCAGCAACGAGCACAGUCGCCUCAUGACUCUCUGGCGGCAAGUCGUUGGCUUCCGGAGGCACUUCAACGAAAUGAAGACCCAGACGGAAAGGGACCUCUCGGAGCUGGGCCACGAACUCUCCCGCUCCGGCCGUGCGGCGCACGCCUCCUGCCUGGACCUGUGCAGCCGCCUGCGUUUGUCGGAGAGCGGCGCCACGGCACAGGUGGAGAAGCAGGCGCGCCUGGCAGCGCAAAUGGAGGAACAGCUGAGGGACAAGGUCCGCGACAUGAUCCAGCUGCAGGUCCGCUGCGACCUGGAGAAGGCCGAGCUCAGCAGCAGGAUCGCGGAGCUCACUUCUGGCACGGAACGCCUGAAGAGCCAGAACGCAGAGAAGGCCCAGACCAUCGAGACACUGAGCGAGAAGCUGGAGGCCUUGGAAGCCUCUCGCGCCCAGGAACAGGCCUUGGCCGAGGCGGAGGAGAUGGACGCCCUCCGGACGGAGUCUGAGACCCUCCAGCAGACGCUCCGGGACCUUGCGCAGGCCGUGCUCUCAGACGCAGACAGUGCCGUCCAGCUUUCAGCUGCCUCCUCCUGCGAGAGCGACACCGUGGGCCUCGGCUUGAGGGGACUCUCUUCCAGCCUGCGGACCCCCUCUCCCCUACGCCGCCAUUCCCCCCGCAGGGGCCUCUCCCCCGCCUUCCCAGUGGAGCCCACCCUGGUCCUGGUGCAGGCGGCCCUGCACAAGCGGCAGCUCCAGCUCCAGGACCUCCGUGGGAAAUUCGAGGCGGCCCAGGACCGAGUCUCCUCCCUGAAGCGGCAGCUAGCUGACCGCGAUGAGGACCGCCGGUCCCUGGAGCAGGAGGCCCAGCGGCUGAAGAGCAACCUGGAGGAUGCGACCGUAGCUCAGGAGCAGGCCGAGCGCGAUGCCUGUCGCUUCCGCUCUUCCGUGGAACUCCUGGGCAGCGAGAAGGCUACCCUGGAGAAUAGCCUGAAAACAACUCUGGAGAAGCUGGAGGAGUUGCGGCAGGAGAGCGAGCAGCUCCAGGCGGCCAACAGUGACCUCCGGCGCCUUCGCGAGGCCCUUGAAGAGGAGAAGGAGGAGCUCCUGAGGGAACAAGAGCGGGGCCAGAAGGAGGCGGAGCGCAGUCAGAGGCACCUGGAACACCUGGAAGGGGCCAGAUCCGGUCUCAAGAAGGAGCUCGUCCUGGCGAAGGAGGCUCUGAGCACAGCCAUCCUGGAGAAGGAGGUCCUAGAGAACGAGAAGGCCGAGGCAGCAGCAGCCCUAGCAAAGUUAGAGGCAAAGCAGGCCGAGCUCCAACUGGCCCUGAGCCGGACCAGGACGGAGGAAGCCUCCCUGCGCGACUCCCUCUCCAAGAUGAGUGCCCUCAACGAGGCUCUGGCACAAGACAAGACAGAGCUCCACCGGGUCGUUGUCCAGCUGGAGGAGGAGAAGGCUUCUCUCUUGGGCAGGAAGGAGGCGGCGGAGCAGGAGAAGGCCACCUUCCGGGAGGAGCUGGUGCGGCUGGAGCAGGAGCGCCUCGACCUGGCCACGCAGCGCCACGGGUUGGGACACUCGCUGCAAGCGGCGGAGCGCAGUCGGGAGGCGCUGGAGCAGGAGCUGGCGGUGCUGCAGGAGGAGCGGGGACGCCUCCAGGAGCAGCUAGGGCAGGCAACCCGCCAGAGGAAUGCGGCCACAGAGGAGCUCUCGGUGUUGCGCCGAGAGUUGGAGCGUCACAGCGAGGCCGUCCUCCGUGCAGCCAAGGAAAAGGAGGCUCUGGCCAAGGAGAAGGCUGGCCUGGCGGUGCAGCUGGACGCCUCCGAGCGGGAGAACCGGGGCCUGGCCCAGGAGAUGGCUGGACUCAGAUCUGAGAAGGACUCCCUGGAGGCCUCCCUCUUCGAGGCCCAGCGGCGCCUGGCCCUGAUGGAGACCCAGAAGGAGCGGCUGGAGGCCGAAGGACGGGCCUGGCUCCUGGCCAAGGAGGCCUUGCAAGUGGAGCUCCUAAGUGUCCGCCAGCAGAAGGAGUCCGAUAUUUCCCUCCUGGAGUGGGAGAGAGAUCAGGCGGUUCAGAAGGUGGCUCAGGUUGAACAGGAAGCGCAGGCGGCCCUGAGGAGUGCGCAGGCGGCGCAUGAGGAGCACCUGGAUCGCCUCCAGCGGGAGAAGGAGGCUCUGCGCCUGGAGCUGGAGUCCGAGCGCCAGGAACUGCUGCAGCGCGCGACACAGGAGCGGGAGGAGCUGCUGGGGCGGCACGAGGCGGAGAAGGAGGAGCUGGGCGAGGAGGUGGCAGCCUUGCAGCAGGAGAGGGACGAGGGGCUGCUCCUGGCCGAGAACGAGAAGCAGCAGGCGCUGUCCCUCAAGGAGUCAGAGAAGGCCAUGCUUCUGGAGAAGCUCGCGGCCGCUCAGGAAAGCCUGGCCAGUGCCACCCUGGAGGCGGAGAGGCUGCGGCGGGAAGCCCUCGGGCGCCAGGAGCACGAACGGGGCACCAUCAACGCCCUGAACUCGGAGCUGCGGGAGCUGCGGGCCCAGUUCGAGGAAGCCAUCGCGGGCCACGAGCGGGAGGCCAAAGUGUUGCACGAACAGGCCAGGGAGCUCGCCAAGCAGCGGGAAGCUGCCCUCCGAGGGGUGGAGGAGCUGAAGGUGCAGCUGCGGCUGGCGGAAGAGGCCCGUGAAGCCCUGCGCCGGGAACAGGCGGAAGCCCAGCGCAAAGCCCGGGCGGCCCAGGAGGAGCAGGAGUCCCGGCGGAAGGAGGCCGUGGAGCUGCGCAGGAGCCUGGGCGACGAGGGGCGGGAGAAGGAGGCCCUGCAGCGGUCCAAUGCUGAGCUGCGUGCCGCCCUGAAGCGGGCCGAGGGAGAGCGCAUCAGCUUGAAGCGAGCCAACGAGGAAAAGGAGCAGAAGAUGGCCGUCCUGGAAGAGGCCCGCGUAGCCGCAGGGAAGGAGGCCGCUGACAUCCGCAGUAGUCUCCAAGAGGUGGAACGGUCAAGGCUGGAAGCCCGGCGGGAGCUGCAGGAGCUGCGGAGACAGGUGAAGAUGCUGGACAGCGAGAACAGCAAGAAGAGCAAAGAGGUGGUGGAGCUGCAGUCCCGGGUCUCCCUGGAGGAGCAACGUGAGGUGGAGAGCCGCAGAGAGUCCUUCGGCCUCAAGCAGAAGAUUGUGGAGAGCGAAGCCGGGCGGGAGUCGGUCCAGAAGGAGCUCCAGAAUCUGCAGCGGAGGCUCUCUGGCUUGGAGCAGGACUUCCGCCUGCGGGAGCGGGAGCUGCGGGGCGGCCUGGAGGAGGCGCGGGGCAACGAGCGGAAGCUGCAGGACGAGGCCCGCAACCUGAGCCUGAAGCUGGAGGCAGCAGAGGCAGCAGCGACGGAGCUGGGCUUGCGGCUGAGCGCGGCCGAGGGGCGGGCGCAGGGUUUGGAGGUGGAGCUGGGCCGGGCGGAGAGCCUCAGGCGGCAGGCGGAAACACGGCUGAGCAGCCUCCACUCAGUUCUCAGGAGGACCCUGGGCCUCGGGCACCGCAAGCGGCGCCCACCCAGUCCGGCCCUCGCAAGCCCCCGCAGGUUGCUUUCCCCCCCAAAAGGUGAAAUGAUGGAGGAGGAGCAGGAAGGGAGCCUCUCAGAACAGACCCUUUCCCCAGAGAGGACCCUGUCACCUGGCCAGAGCGAGCAGCCGGUGGCUGAUGUCGAUCCAGAGGCCGUGAGGAACACGCUCCAGGACUUCCUGCAAGAGAUGAGGGAGAUGCAGCGGGAGCGGGAUGAAGGCCGCUCCCGCCUGGCAGCCCUGACCCGCCAGUUAGCUGAAACAGAAGCCGAUCGAGACGCGGCCAAAGCCCGGGUUCAGCAGUUACAGAAGCAACUGGCCGAGAGCGAGGAAGGGAGGCGCAACCUGGAGGGGAGGCUGAGCGAGGCCCAGUCCGCCAUGGCGCUGCAGGAGGAGAGCCUGCGUCAGAGCGAGAGGGAGCGCAAGGCCUUGGCGGAGAAGUUGGCGUCCCUCGACCGGGGCCUGAAGGCGGCGGAGGGGGAGCGCAAGGCCAACCAGGAGAGGAUGGCCAAGAUGAAGGCGGGCGAGGCCCGGCUGGAGGCGGACAAGCGGCGGCUGAAGGAGGUCCUGGACGCCUCGGAGGGCCGGGGCACCAGGCUGGAGCUGCUCCGGCGCUCCCUCGAGGGGGAGCUGCAGAGGGCCAAGCUGGGGCUGAGCGACCGCGAGGCCGAGGUCCAGCUGCUGCGCGACCGCCUUGAACUCUUGCAGAGACAGGUGUCGGAGAGUGAGGCCAAAGCUGGCGCCUUGCAGCUGUCGCUGGACCGCAGCAGCCUCUCUCUGGCAAAAGCAACAGAGGCUGAGAGCUGCCUGAAGGAGAAGAUCCAGAGCCUGAGCGCCUCCCUUGCCGAGAGCCACAGUGCGGCCGGAUCGGCGCAGGAGAAGGCCCUGCAGCUGCAGAAAGCCCUGGCGGCCAGCGAACAUGACCGGAGGGUCCUACAGGAGCGGCUGGACAUGGCCCGGCAAGCGGCCUCAGAAGCCAAGAAGCAGAACAGGGGCCUUUCGGAGCGGCUGCAGGCGCUGACCAAGGAGGUGGCCGAGCGAGAGAUGCAGAAGGAGGAGAUGGAGGCCCUGGCCAGGCAGCGGGAGGAGAGGCUGCUCCAGCGCCAGGAGGGCGAGGCGGUGGCCCUGCGGGGUUUACAACGGGCGCAAGAGGAGCGGCGCUUGCUGCAGGAGCGGAUGGGGGCCCUGCAGAGGGCCCUGGCCCAGAUGGAGGGCGAGAAGCGCGAGGCCGAGCGCGGAGCCCUGCGCCUGGAGAAGGACCGGGAGGCCCUGCGGAAGACCCUCGACAAGGUGGAGCGCGAGAAGCUGCGGAGCCACGAAGAGUCCGUCCGGCUGUCGGCGGAGAAGGUCCACCUGGAGCGCUCCCUGGCCAGCGCGGAGCAAGAGCUAGCGGAAGCGCAGCUGCGGAUACGGAGGCUGGAGGAGUCGUGUCCAGAGCCCGUCCUGGAGGCCAGCGAUGGAGGAGGACACCGCCAGCGGGUCAAGGCCCUGGAGGAGCAGAUCUCUGUCCUGAAGGAGCAGCUCCAGCGGGAGACCAGGAAGGGCUUCUUCCCGCCUUCCGCCACCAUCCACUCCGGGAAGUAGUCCUUCUGAAGGCGGGCGGCACCAGAGGUCUUCUGGGGUCUUUCUCGUGACCUUAUAGGACCAGAGAAGCCCUGUCCACACUGGUUAUAAUGUAUGGCAGCGUAGACUCGUAACACUAGGAUUACGUGAACAACACUAGGUAACACGGUUUCCGUUCCUGGGUUAUCAAGGUCAUUUCCUAAUUGGUUCUAUCAUAAUGGCAAAUGCAAACGGCAUUCUACGGCAGUGUCAGUGGGGCUGCUGUGAUUUUUAUAUGCUUUUUAAUAAUGUUUAAUAGUUUUAAUACUUGUAUAUUUGUAUAUUUUGAGUUGUAUCGCAAUGUUUGUAGUUUUUUUUUAAAAAAAGCAAGAUAUCAAUAAACAAUAAUAAUAAUAACAACAACAAA